CUCAGUGGCCGUUGCGUGCUUCACCUGCUCUGUACUGUUCACCUGGGUGCUUCACUUACUUUGUACUGUUCACCUGAGUGCUUCACCUGCUCUUUGUUCUCUGGUGUUGCUGAGUGCGUCUGGAAUCGCCGAUUCUCGAGGGAGGGAUUUAUCUUACUGCGGAGGAAAAGAUUUCCUCCCGAAAUGCCUUACUACAGCGACGAGGACGAGGACCUGCAGGUCGACAUGAGCCAGUUCGAGCUGCGGCCGCGACCCGGAGGAUCUUUGUUCUACUUCGAGGAUGAAGCCGCCGCCCCGCCGUCGUCGCCGCCGGACGACCGGCCCCCGGCCAUCCGCGUGGGCAAGAGGGGGCCGCUGCCGCAGCGCUGGUCGCCGCCCCCCGAAGCUAGGCAGGCGAGGCCCGUCCGGCCGUUGCGGGCUGCCUCUCCCGCCCACCGGCGUUCCCCGUCGCCCGCCCGCCGACGCUCCCCUUCUCCUGCUUUCCGUCGAUCUCCUUCUGUCGAUCGACGUUAUCCAUCUGCUUAUCAUCGCUCUCCGUCUCCCUCCUAUCGCCGAUCUAAUUACCAUCGUUCUCCCUCUCCGGGUUAUCGUCGUUCGCUUUCUCCUGCCUACCCUCGCCAGUCUUCACCACCUCAUUACAGCCGCUCUCCCUCGCCCCCCUACAGGGGAACGCCAGUCGAGAACAGAGCAAGGAGUCCCAGAAGGUAUCAUGCCGACAGAUCUCCUUCCCCCUCAAGGCUUGCUCGCUCUCCUGGCCCGCGCCCACUGCAGUCUCCCAGCCACAGAGACCAUCUCGACAGCCCGUUCAUGGGUCUUCCACUUGCCCGAAUGAAAAUCACGAACGGGCAUGAGUCCCGCAGUGAGAUGCAGAAUCACAGAGAGAGAAGGGAACCUCCUCGACAGGCCAACAGACGAGCUCCCCAAAGAGAUGUAGAUACCAGCAGUGACGACGCCACUUUAAGGCAGCGGAGGCCCCCUCCAUCCCACAGGAGAUCGAAGCCCCAGUACCCUUCGAAUCAGCUAAGGCCCAAUAAGUCCCCCUUGCCAACGAAAGCGGAGCCAACGACAGAAAGGCAAGGUCGACAGCCUACCCGCUCAAAGGGUCGUUCGGGUUACUCGCCGACGCCCGAUUAUGACCUUUCAGCAGUGCCCUAUGUGCCAGAACCUGACUACUGAGAGAUUUUGAUCCGGGCGAAUAUUCGAUUUCAUGCAAUUGGAUUUUGAUAUGAAUAAUCACAAUGUAUUUAGAAAAGGGUUUUCUCCUUUGGUAUUCAUCAUUUUUACAUUCAGUAAUUCAUUAACAAGGUUCAGCCCAAAAGAUUAGUGAAGUACACUUUUCCUGAAUAAUUGUCAAAUUAAUUGUGGUCGUGAAUUGGUUAUGGUAUGAAAAAUUGCCAUUAAAUACAAUAAUUGCAGUUUCACACCCUGAACAAUACUACAUACUGAAUUAAGUGAUGAUAUAUCCCCUUUCUAUAAAAUAUAUAUUUUGAUUACGUGCUCUUGUAUAACUGUGAAUAUCUUGAAUUUGUCACUUCUUAAAGAAACAAAAUAUCAACCUUAUAUUGCAUUUGACUUUUACCAGUAGAUCUUUUAACAGUAAACUAGGUUAAAACUUUUAAUUGUAAAAUGUCCUUAAAGGAUGUAACACAUAUAAGCUCACUGUAUAUAUAACACCCUCCUUGUUUGCGAUUGGUGAUGGUUGUGAUGUUUGAAAUAUUAAUGUCAUAGUUUAAUGAUUGGUAAUGAUAUAAAGUAUGUUACUGAUUUUUCUGUUCAGUCUAUAGUUAUCUAGUCAAAUGAACGAACAUAUAAUGUCUUGUAUCCUGCCAUGGGUUUAGAAUAUAUACUGUACAUAACCAAACCUCUUUCUGUUUUUUUCAUGUAUCACUUCUUUAUCAGUCAAAGCCAUGUAUUUUUUUCAAUAAAUAAUAUUUGAAAAUCA